AUGCCCGAUGUCAAGAGAACAGUCCGGCUGGUAACGGAGCAGCAUGUCGUAAACAAGGACUCCGGCGUUGAAGGAUUCCCACUCCGAUCGUGGUCGAUUGAGAUCUACCUCGUCAACGAACAUGGCGAGCAGGUGCCGGCGAACGUCUUCGACAAGGUGACAUACACGUUGCAUCCCAGUUUCGGGGACCGGGCGGUUCAGACAUUCAAGAACCCCCCAUUCAGAAUCUCGGAGGAGGGAUGGGGUGAAUUUGACCUGCAGAUCGGCCUCACUGCCGCCGAUAAAGAACACUUCGUGACGCACGACCUGAACUUCGCACAGCCGCGCUACGAGUCCAAACAUGUCAUUACAUUCAAGAACCCCAAGCCAGCGCUGUUGGCUGCACUGCGCGAGUCGGGACCGGUACCUGGUGACGAGAACGGAGUGAAAUCGAAACGCGCCGCAGGAGGCGAGGAGGGAUCGAAAAAGAAGAAGCGGACGGAAAAGAAUGUCGACAUGGACAAAUUGGCCGACGGCCUCCAAAGACUUGGAGAAGACGACCUCCUCCAGGUCGUGCAGAUGGUACACGACCACAAAGCGCCCGACUCGUAUACCAAGAACGAUGUCGAGCAGGGCGAAUUCCACGUCGACCUUUAUACCCUACCGGACAACCUGAUCAAGAUGCUGUGGGACUUUACACAAGAGAAGGGGGCUCUGUAG